AUGAGCAGUAAAAACAAGCAGUAAUAAAGCAAGAACUAACAGUAAGAGUAGGAUAUGCAGAAACCCUCUAAUAAAGUUCCUUCAAGGCAGAAUACUAAGCAGAAAAUGGACUCAUUAGAGAUUGAAGGUAGACAGGGCUUGCUCAAGUAGAGAAUCACUGUAGAUGAUAUAGUGAGAGAAAUUCCUUUCGGCAGAUUCCAAUACCUAAUGAUAUUUAUUUUCCAUUUGAUCUACAGUGCUCCUUCUAUAGUUGUUUACAAUUACGCUUUCUUCCUGAUGUUCCCGAAGUAUCUAUGCAAGCAGGAAGAUAUGAGUUUUGAUUACUGCACGAGAGAGCAGAAGUGCGAUUUUUAAAUGAAUAUGGACAUUGAGUAAGACUUCUAAUCGGAGAUUGACUGGAACUCCCCAUACAGUCUGCGCAAUUGGAUCAUGAAACUUGGCUUAGAGUGUAGUGAGACCUAUGUUAUUGGACUUUUUGGUACUCUUGAGUUUCUUGGUCAACUUUUCGCAUGCUUUGUCUACCCACCUCUCGCUGAUUAUUGCGGAAGAAGAAUUUUUACCUUUAUCGGAUUGGGAAUGUAAACAGUAGUGUUCGUUGGGUUAGUAGCGUUUAAAAAUUUUGAAUUAUUCUACCUGCUGAUCUUUAUCCUCGGUAAUGCUGUAAUAAUCAGAUAUUUAAUUGUCUACGCGCAUCUCAUGGAGUUUGUUGCAACCAAGCAAAACCUUAUUACUGGUAUUUUCUUGUUUAUGGAUGGCUUAGUUUAUAUUUAUAGCCCUGUUAUUAUUGUAUACUUCACAAGGAAAACUUAGUAUUUUGUAUACAUGGCUUUAGGAUUAAGUAUUGGAGCAGUGGUAUUAUUAGCUUUUAUAUUUCACAUGCCAGAAUCCUUAAAGUUCUCACUGGUUAAAUAAGACAUUAUGAAGUUUUAGAGUGAUAUGGAUUACAUCUGUACAAUGAAUAAAGCAUCCGAGCAGUAGGUUGACAAAAUCAAUAGCUUGGUUGAGAAAUACUGUAACUAAGUCAGAGAAGAUGCCCUCUUAAUUGGAGUUAAAGUUAAACAGCCCGGACUUAUAAAGUAAAUCCUGAGUGACAGAGAUGCAUUAGUGAAUCUCAUGCUGAUGGUGGUAUGCUGGGCUAGCACCACUUUUACCUAUUUCUUAGUUAUUUUCUAUGUAAAGUACUUGCCAGGUGAUAUUUAUUACAAUCAAAUAGUUUCUAGUUUCUCAGUAUUUGCCUAUCUAGUGGCUCCAUUUAUGGCUAGAAAGUAUGACAAUAAAAUGAUCAUGCUAAUUGGUUACAUCAUUUCAUUCAUAUUCUUGGUAAUUAUGAUCAUCUUCUAGUUUGUUGAAAUUGAUGCCGUAGCAUACUCCUUCAUAUUUUUGCUCUUUAAAUGCGGAGUUACUCUUACUUUCCUAUCACUUUUUAUUAUACACACUGACUUGUUUCACAUUUAGUUCUUAGCCACAAGCUACGGUAUUUGCAAUAUAGUAAGUAGAAUCAUUACUUUGGGUGCGCCUAUAGUUGCAGAGUUAGACAGCAAACUGGCUCCUAUGCUCUUCAUGAUAAUUUUAAACUUAGCAGCUAUAGCAGCAACAGCAUUUUUAAGACUAAAGAAAAGAGAGAAGUGA